ACCUCAGGCGAACCAGCUUGGCCGGUCGCCUCAUUGUCAUCUCUGUAGCACACACGCACGAGCGCCGCCAUCGCAUCGCAGCGCUGUCGUACAUUGUGCCCGUUGCUUCCUUGCCACGCUCCGCAACUUCCAUUGCAUUUCGACGCGCGCAGACUGCAAAACAAGCACAUUCAAGCCAGCAUCAGUUUGACCACUGACUCAAACGCGGUCGCAACAACCAGGGCAAGAUGGCAUCGAAUAUCGGCCUCUCCCUCAGCGACACCGCCAGCGAGACGACGGCGACGGGCCCGCGCAGCCCGUCCUCAACCUUGUACAGCUCGGACGACGACGCCGCGACCGUCGCCACCCCAGAAGUCUGGAACGCCGACGAAGCGGUCCUCGUGACGGGCGGCGCCGGUUUUGUGGGCUCCCACGUCGCCGAACACUUGUUGAGGCGGGGCGAGAAGGUCUUAGUCAUCGAUGAACUUAAUGAGUACUACGACGUCAGUAAGAAGAGAGCCAACAUACAACUCUUAGAACAGUUAGGUGGAAGGAACUUCCGCUUCUUCAAGGGUGACAUCUGCGACAAGGCCUUCCUUGCCGAGGUCGAGAAGAGUUGCAAAUUUCCCAAGAGAGUUAUCCACUUAGCCGCGAGGGCGGGCGUCCGCCCGUCGAUAGACGACCCCUUCGUCUACGUCCACUCCAACGUCGAGGGGACGACCAGACUCUUAGAACUAGCAGGUCAAGCGCAUGGCAACGACGCCAAGUUCGUCUUCGCCUCCUCCAGCAGUGUCUACGGUGGCAGCAAGAAGCAGCUCUUCUCCGAGACGGAUGCGGUGGACGCUCCGGUCAGCCCGUACGCGGCCACCAAAAAAGCCUGUGAGUUACUAGCGUACACCUACCAUCAUUUAUACGGCAUGAAUGUUGCUGGCCUCCGGUUCUUCACGGUCUUCGGGCCGCGCGGGAGACCGGACAUGGCCCCCCUCAAAUUUGUGGACAAGGUGUCGAAAGGUCUCCCGAUCGAUAGAUACGGCGACGGGUCGUCGUCGCGGGACUAUACGUAUAUCGACGACAUUGUGGACGGCGUUAUUAGGGCCUUAGAUACACCUCUAGGAUACCAGAUCUAUAACCUCGGGAACGGCCGACCGACGCGACUGAAUGAUUUUAUCAGAUUGGUCGAAGAGCACUCCGGGAAACAAGCGAUUAUAAAUGUUAUGCCAGAGCAGCCUGGUGAUGUUCCUAGAACGUGCGCGGACAUCUCGAAGGCGCGCGAGUUGCUCGGCUACGAUCCGAAGACACCUUUUAGUGAAGGCAUCGCCAAGCUCGUCAAGUGGUACAACGAGUCGCGUCCGUCCAUCGAGCUGCCCGAGGAUGGCGCGCAGCAAGUGGCCGUCGUGACGCCUGAGCGCGCCUGAGAGACGGCCUGCUGAUCUACCCCUCCCCGCCCGACGUCUAUACCAAGUGUUUUUGUAGUUAUGGUGUCGCGGCGACAGCGUGGCCUGGGACUGAUCCCUCGCCCGCCCGGUGCGUCUGCAGGGCGUUGGUCCCGCGCCGACGUCAACGCCGAGGUCAAGGUAACAUGUGAGAGUGCAGUACGAGUGUCCAGGCCGCAGCGUAGGCAUCCUAACAACGCGCGUCAAACGCCGCCGGCGCGCCCCAACCAACCUACUCGCGAGCCAGGAAAAGUUACGCGCGAACGAAAACAAGCC